AUGUCCAAGAUCCUCUUUUACAAGUUCCCGGUUACUUCGCAAGUGUUCUACCAAUCAAAACACUCGUUUGCUCUGGUGAAUCUGAAACCGAUUGUGCCGGGCCAUGUUCUGGUGGUGCCACUACGGGUGGUGCCCCGGUUGAAAGACCUAACUACUGAGGAAAGCAUCGAUUACAUGAUGACAGUUCAAUUGAUCCACCAGUUCAUUGAGAAAGUUUACAAGGCAGACUCGUUGAACUUGGCGAUGCAGGACGGAGUGGCCGCUGGCCAGUCGGUUCCGCACGUUCAUUGUCAUAUUAUUCCUAGAUACUUAAACGAUGGCUAUGGAGACAGGAUCUACGAUUUGUUGGAGACCCACGAACACGACCUGAACGGGUUCUUCCAACAAGCGGUGAAAAAAAUGGCGGUUGCGCGCGACGAAGACCGCAGACCACGAUCGAUGGAAGUGAUGGAAAAGGAAACCCAGUGGCUCAAAAAAGAACUCGCAAACUUCACACUGGAAAAAGCUGGUAGCAUCUCUGAUCCAGAAGAACGUCCCACCCCGGUCCACAAUUGA